AUGGCCAAGGAAGGCAUUGCUGCUGGAGGUGUCAUGGACAUUAGUAGUGCUUUACAAGAGGUGUCAAAGACUGCCCUCAUCCACGAUGGCCUAGCAGAUGGAAUUCACAAAGCUGCCAAAGCCUUAGACAAGCACCAAGCCCAUCUUCGUGGGCUUCUAUUCAACUGUGAUGAGCCUAUGUAUGUCAAGUUGGUAGAGGCCCUUUGUGCUGAACACCAAAUCCACCUAAUUAAGGUUGAUGGCAACAAGAAAGUAGGGGAAUGGGUAGGCCUCUGGAAAACUGACAGUGAGGGAAAACCCCGCAAAGUGUUUGGUUGCAGUUGUGUGGUGGUUAAAGACUAUGGUGAAGAGUCUCAGGCCAAGGAUGUCACCAAGGAAUACUUGAAGAAAUGA